UAUUGGUUUAUCAUCAUCUGGUGGAGCAGGACCACCCUAACCAGAAAGUCUGGCUUUGUUGGGGGAGCUUUGUGUUGCACCCAGCCAAUGCUGUAUUCACUGCAUGGGCUGUGAAGCCGGGUGCAAACAUAUCCAGGUCAGAACCGAGAAACAGUUUCUGUUCUACGGAAGACUUCUUUUAACUCAACCUGACAAAAGUCAGAUUUGAACCUUGAAUGCGUCUCCUUUACUUUACAUGCAGUGUGCAUGCCUGUGCGUGUGCGUGCGUGCUUGGAUACGUUUAUGCAUGAUUGUAGUGGCGGCCAUAAAAUGUGCGGCCAUAAAAUGUGCGAGUAGUGUGGGAUUGUUGGAGAAAGUGGAGGAAUAAAUCUGUUUCAGCUGUGUAAACUGAGGGAAGGCAACCCCUGACCUGAAGUAUUUACCGCGUGUCCGUGAUAUGGAUCAUGUUAUUUUAUAUUGGUAUUUUCUCCUUCCGCAUGUUGCAGCACCCUAUUGACCAGUCAUUUGACCCCGUAAUUAAUAUUUCUACUAAUUUUUACUUCGUAUCUUCAUUGGUCUUCCAGAAAACUUAUUUUUCGUUUAACGAACGACUGAAAUGCAAUUAUCUGUACUCGAUAAAAAUAAACAAAAGAUUAAAAAAAAAAAAACCCACGUUCCAAAAUAGCUACAACCUCCACGGCAACCACUGAACACACACAGUACUUUGUCAACAGAUCACGUGACUUACUUGCUGGACGCCGGCUUUGCUGCUACACGCAAGCAGGAGGACGUCAUACGAGACCCGACUGUUUUAUCGGACAGCAGCGAGAACAUGAUUUCAAAAUUUAGAUGUUUUCUCAUUCUUACUUUCGUCUCUACCCUGAUUUUACUUUUGUUUUCCUUCAUCAUGUCAUACGGCGGGGUUCGACUGCAUGAUCAGCUUUACUGGAAGGACUCAAAGAAUGGGUUACACUUAGACGCAGUGUCGCUCUCUCGUGUCGACCAGACGACCUCUCACCUAAGGUUUCCAUCUGAAGAAAAAACAACAGUGAAAAGAAAUUAUCAAGCACCGACCGUUGUUACUGGAAUAAAUUACAUGGACGGUGUUUCUUCCUUCGCUCCAGACAGAUUGGAUGUAUUAAAUAAAAAACAUCUUCAGGUUGCCAGCAAGUCACACCUUCUGCUGUACGCGGCGUACUAUGAUGACGUCAGGAAGACAGCCAGGAUCACCAUUGUGGGAAUUCGAAGCUCCAGCUUUUCUCAGACCGUGAACUGCAGCUUUUCCAACACCAGAAGCGACCAACCGGGGGACACAACUCUUCUCAACACCACCGCGGGAAGAGUGACGGACCUUCCCGACCACCAUUCUAGCCAGUACAGACCUGUCUACAUUUUCUGUUCGCUCCCAGAAGGGAAGUCGCGACCUGAUCACGUGUCUGUCGUCUGCCACAACGACUCUGUGCCCAACCUCCUACAGAUCACUUAUCCCUACAAGGGACCUCACCGCUAUCAGUUCUCCAUUGUAGGCUGCAUGCACGAUUGUCUUCUGCGCAUGCGCUACGUGACGAAGUACGUCGUGUUCAUCGACCUCGACGAGCUCAUCAUACUUCGCACCAACAACACGCUGAGAGAGAUGGUGGAGCACGUGAUGAAGCAGACAAAGGAUGCCGACAAGGUGGGAGCUAUCAUGGUGAGGAACUCCUUUUUCCACCACGCUCCUCAGGAGAUCAACAUCACCGACACUUACCUGCAGGCCAACCUUACCGGAGGGCUGUUCACCAAAGCUCGUCUCUACGACCUUAAAAGUGUGUUAAUGCAGUUUCGUGGGAAGCCGUGGGAACCUCCACAACGCUGUCGAACCAUCGCCGAUCCACUGAGGGUGGACACGAUGGCUGUUCAUCAUCCAGAGACGAUGUUCGGUGACUUCAAGGUGGUCGUGGUGGACCCCAAGAUUGGCUUGUUGCACCAUUAUCGUUAUGGGUGGUAUAAUGAGGACACAGUAAGGGACACAACUGCUCACAGGUUAACUCCCAUCCUCGUGAAAAGACUGGAGUCGGUUUAUAAGCAGCUGGGCUUGAAACCUGCUGAUGACCAUAGGAGAUAA